AAGUGAACUGAUAAGAAUGGUUCCUUCUAAGAAGGGUCCUGGAAUUAACUGGUCAAAAGGAAUUUAGAUAUUACCUCUAAUGUUUGGAUUUUCACUAAAGAACAUGUACUUCAGUAUUAGGUUUUUUUUUUUUUUGGCUGUGUUGGGUCUUCUUUGCUGUGUGCGGGUUUUCUCUAGUUGCGGCGAGCGGGGGCUACUCUUCACUGCGGUGCGUGGGCUUCUCAUUGCGGUGGCUUCUCUUGUUGCAGAGCACGGGCUCUAGGUGUGCAGGCUUCAGUAGUUGUGGCAUGUGGCCUCAGUAGUUGUGGCGCAUGGGAUUAGUUGCUCUGCAGCAUGUGGGAUGUUCCUGGACCAGGGCUCGAACCCGUGUCCCUUGCAUUGGCAGGUGGAUUCUUAACCACUGCGCCACGAGGAAAGUCCCCAGUAUUAGUUCUUAAUUAACAAUUAUUACUUUUAAAAAAGAGAAAGAAACCAGGUGUGUCUUAUUCCAAAACCUAAGGUUAUUGUCACACUGGCUAUUAACCUAUGGUUUAUGAAUAGAUUUUGGCAGGUUCAUGCACUUGCUGAAACUGUGCACGGUAGUGUAUGUUUUGAGGAGUGCACAUUUUUCCUUAGGUGGAAACUCAUAAUGUCGGAUUCCUAAGGAGGAUUUAUGACCCAAAGAAAGUCAUGAACAGCCCUAGUGGAACAUGUUUCUUUUCUGUUGUGGUCUUAUGGAAAGUUACUCAGCCUCUCCAGAAAAUGGGGGUCAUAGUAGUUCCUCCCUCAGGGGUUAUAUGAGGAUUAUAAGAGUCAAUGUUUAUAAAGCUCAUGAAAACAGAAGUCAAUCAAUGUUAGGUAUUAUUAUUACUUUCAUUGUUGCUGCUAUAUUAUUAAUGGCUUUGAAAAAGUCCUUCAUUCAAGAGACUUGAGUUCUCUAAACAGUUAUAUCACAAGUAAAAUAAGGAAGACGAUGCCAUCCAGUCUGGAAAAUUUCACAGUGUCAGAAUCUAAAAUUUUCUUCUGUCUAUAAGAAUGAUAAAAUGACAUUCAAUGACAUCAAUCCUCCCAUCUGUUCAUGCAUUUACCCAGCAAGCAUUUAGUGAAUGCUUACAAUGCACUAGAUAUUGCAGGAACAGCUGGAGAUAUAAUUGCAGCAAAAAGUGGCCGAGGGGGCCCUGACCUCAAGGAGCCCAGACCCCAUGCCCCCUCCACUUCGUGGAGCUGGAAGGAAGGUGAAUUAUAAGCUCUGAGCCUGGGUGCUUAGGUGCCGUAAGUACUCUGUUAGUACCUUUCUAAGACAACCGAAUUUCAAAUCCAAGCUUUUAUUAUUGACAGGCAGAGAAAUCAUAUUUUUUAAUCCUUAAAUCUGACAUUUCUCCUUUAAUGUAUUGGGCCAUGAAGGGGGCUGAGAUCAAGAGUUCUGUUCUGACCCUACUUUUGGCAGGAAUGAAGCCAGAUCAGCAUUGCAGUGCUUAAACAUUUCAAGCCACUUGUGCUUCCAACUGCUUUCAUUUUUAGUCCAGUUAAUGGAUUCAGUAGCUGUUACAGUCCCCAGAUAGCAAGUGGACAUGUGGGUGGAUCAGAUGCCAGCAGGCACACCUCUCUGAGAGGUCCCUGUAAGAGCAGUGUUGAUGGCUCCCCGCACCUCUGAGCCAUGUGAACCUGGAGUUGUUAGUGACCUAAUGGUGUGCAGCAGCCUUGUCCUGGAGUAACUGGGACAUCUUACUGAAUGAUGAUAAUAAUAAUGGAAUAGGACAUUUGGCUGGCAGAGUUGGGACACAGACUUUCCACCACCCAGGAGGCACAUCCAGCUCUUCACAGCCACUGAUAUCUCUGGGGGCUGUGGUCCAUUUGUAAAAAAAAAAAACCUUGGGAUUGACUUUAUUGUUUUUAAUAUUUAUUUAUUUAUUUUGGCCGUGCUGGGUCUUAGUUGCGGCACACGGGAUUUUCGUUGCAGCAUGAGCGCUUCUUAGCUGCAGUACGCAGACUCCUAGUCGUGGCGUGCAUGCGCAAUCUAGUUCCCUGACCAGGGAUCGAACCUCGGCCCCCUGCAUUGUGAGCGUGGAGUCUUACCCACUGGACCACCAGGGAAGUCCCUGGGGGCUGUGGUCUUUUAACUCAGGGGGGAGAAAGGCUUUUGGUUGAGGAGCAGAGCAGGAGAGCGGGAGAUGGGGAGAUGGAGGGUCAGGGUGGCCUUUGGACGGGAUUUGGGGACUGGGGCGGAUGGAACACUUUUCACAGGAGGCUUUCUGAGGUUCUGGCCCAUUUGGGUGCUCGGUCACCACCUCUGCCCAAGGACUGGCCACUAUGGGAAUAUAUGGAGACAGUGUCUUUUCCAUAGCUUGUGGCUGCAAGGGUAGUACAUGCCCAUGGUGAGAUCCAGGGUGGGAGAUAAAAUGAUAGACAUGAGGAAGGAAUGGUAGCUAAGAGAAUGGUGUGCAGGUGCCCUUGAGCCUUGCUCUGAGGACUCCCACACAUAACUGGAGGAUGCUCCGUGGUGGGGCAGCAGGUCUAUUUCCUGGAACUCUGAGUCCCUCAUUGGUAAAAUGGGAUAAUUAAAGCCACCUCACAAGGUUGGGUGAGGAAUAGAAAUGGCAGAAUAAAGCACCCAAAGGAGGGUUCAUGCUCAGUAAAUGGUGCUUGUAUCACUCACACACUUCUCUAGAGUUCAGACAGAACUUUCACACACGUACCCUAUCCCACGGAAUCUUCAUAUGAGCCUGUGAGCUUCCUAUUAUAGUCAGUACUUUACGAAUUAGGAUCUGGAUAUUCAGAGUCAUGAAGGUCAAGGGUGGAACCCAACUGAGGCCAGAUAAUGGAGAUGGCACAGUAAAGACACAUGGAGGGGUCCUGGCAUGUUCAUCCCUUGAUGUCCUGCUCUGAGUGGUCCUUGGAGACCCUAAGAAAGAGUGGGAAAGUUCUAAGCUAAUUCUGUCUUCCUGCUGACUCUCAGGUUACCAGAUCCUCUGCCCCGAUGUGUCUCGCCCAGUGUCUGUCAUCACUGUGAAAUUCCAUUCUGAGAGUCAUAUCCUUGGGUCUUAAAGACUCACAGCCCAUCCACAACAGUGCUGAGGACCAGACGGGGUGGGAGUCGGUCAGUUGUUGGUCUCUUUUGCCAUAAGACUCUGAGAAUCGUUAGGUGGUAUUUAUACUGUAGUCGUGUCAUGAAACAAGCGUAGAUGUUGGCCCCAGUCCUACUUGGGGCUGAACACUGAUGUUGCAUUUCCAGUCUCUUUGUGGCUUAUCUUCCUCAUCUGCCAAACGAAAUUAUAGUAAUAGAUAAUUAUUACUUCCUAGAGGUUUUACGAGGAAUGGUCCUGGACACUUCGACUGAGGAGUUACUAUAGUGAUGUGCGAAACAGACACAGCCCUUGUCUUCGCAGAGCUUCAGGCUAAUGGGGAGACAGAUGAUGACCACACAAUCACACAAAUGUAACAUUCAAAACUACAGUAAGUGCUAUGUAAGUACAUAGUAAGUGAAAGAAGAGUCCUGCAGGCUGUAUGAACAUCCAACAGGAAAACUAGUCUGGGUCCAGGGGAGAAUUCCCUGUGAAGGUGGCAUCAGUGGGUAGGGGUAAGUGAGGGUGAGAUAACAGGCAGGCAGAAAAGGCCGGACAGGAGAACAAUGUGGGCAAACACUGUGGGAAAGAGAGUGGACCAGGAGUGUGGCACUGGAGGGAGGAGAAAGUGUGUCGGCGCACACAGAGUUGGGGAGUGGGUGGGGAAUAGUGUAAGAUGAAGCCAUGCGGAUGUAAGAUGAAGCCACUGCACCACCAGGGAAGCCCCUGGUCUAUGUUUUGAAACCACGGCUCAGGUUACUGCAUGGAGAAGGGAUAGGAGAAGUCAUAGGGAAAGUAGGAACAUCAGUUAUGGGUCACGUGGACUGGGGUAGAGCAGUGGAGAUGGAGAGAUGAAAUAAUGGGACGAAAUUUAUCUUCAACCUGAGAAAGAAUAAGGCAAUUUGAUUAAGUCCCAAUGGGUGGGAUCAGUGGGAAAGGCUGUGGCAGUUAAAAGAAAAGGCAAAGGGCUUCCCUGGUGGCGCAGUGGUUGAGAGUCCGCCUGCCGAUGCAGGGGACACGGGUUCGUGCCCCGGUCCGGGAAGAUCCCACAUGCCGCGGAGCUGCUGGGCCCGUGAGCCAUGGCCACUGAGCCUGCGCGUCCGGAGCCUGUGCUCCGCAACGGGAGAGGCCACAACAGUGAGAGGCCCGCGUACCGCACACACAAAAAAAGAAAAGGCAGAGCCAUGAGGGCUGGAGAAGGCUGCUUGGAGAUGGGAUGAAGUUGGGCCCUGAAGAAUGGUAAACCCUGAUUAGGUGGGAAGGAGUCAGACAUGCUGGCAAGCCCAGUCGGUGAGGUGACUGCUAUCAUGAUGCAUCCUGAGUGCAACUGAGGAAUCGUGUGAGACUAGAUCAGAAAUUAAAUAUGCAGACUCUAGUUCACACUGUUUCAGUUAGGAUUAGGUUGCAAGUGGCAGAAAACCCAAAAUAACACUGGCUUAAUAAAAUAAAUUUAUUUUUCUUUCUCACAUAAAUGAAGAUGGGAGGUAAGCUGUCCAGGUCUGGCUAGUAUAUAAAUUUUAAGACCACCAGGAAUCUAGGUUUCUAUUAGUAUCCAGGUUUCUGCUAUAUUCAAUUCUUGGCACCCACCUCGGGGUACAAGGUGGCUGCUCCAGCUCCAGUGCUCACAUCUUCAUUCUAGUCAGAGGAAGGAUGAAAAGGAAAGAAAAUGGUAUGCUCCUUCUCUGUAAAGAUACUUCUCAGGAGCUGUAUAUUCAUUUCUGCCUACUUCUCAUUGGCCAGACCUUGGCAUACAGCCACAUCUAGCUGCAAAGGAGAAUGGAAAUAUAUAACAUUAAUUCUAGGCAGCCACGCACCCAAUUAAAAAUUGGGGCUUCAAUGACUAUAUAAGAAGGGGGGGAAGGGAAGCAGUUUGUGCUACACACAGCAGUUUAUGACAGUAAAUUGUAAAUUAAAUAUCGCUGUCAUCUCUUUAGGUAGGAUUCCUAUCAAGAGAUGAGAAAAACAUUUUAGGAUGACAAAUAAUACCCCGUCUGGAAUGUUCUUUUCCCAGAUAGUCAUGAGACUCAUUCCCUCAAUUCAUUUUGAUCUCUGCUCAAAUGUCACCUCCUCAGGAAGGCCUUCUCUGGUCACCCAUCACUCUCCAUCCCCUAAUCUGGCUUUGUUUCCCUGCAUAGCACUUAUCACUAUCCGAUAUUAUGUGCUCUAUUUAUUUCUAUGUUUUUUGUGCGUCCCUCACGAGGAUGGGAGCUCAGUAAGGAGAGGGACUUUGUUUUAUUCACUGCUGUGAACAGUACCUACAUCAGUUCCUGCCAAGUACUAGGUGUUCAAUAAAUAUUUGGUGAUUGAACAAAGAAAUGGACAGAGCACACAAAUAAUUCAUAAAAAAUGCUCUGGCUUAUCCUGGGUUUACAUAAGUGACAGAAGAAAUACAACUAGUAAACAAACCCAUGGAAAAUAUGCAGCAUCUUUGGUAAUAAAAGACAUGCAAAUUAUAGUACUCAGCCAUAAAAAAAGGUUGAAAUUUUGCCAUUUACAACAACAUGGAUGGACCUGGAGGGCAUUAUGCUAAGUGAGAUAAGUCAGACAAAGACAAACACUGUAGGUUUUCACUUACAUGUGGAAUCUGAAAAAAUAAAACAAGCAAAUGAAUAUAACAAAACAGAAACAGACUCACAGAUACAGAGAACAAACUAGUGGUUACCAGAGGGGAAAAGGAUAGGGGGAGGAGCAAGAUAGGGGUAGGGGAUUAAGAGGUACAAACUGCUAGGUAGAAAAUAAAUAUGAUACAAGGAUGUAAUGUACAACACGGGGCAUAUAACCAAUAUUUUAAAAUAAGUGUAAAGGGAUUAUAAUCUAUAAAAGUAUUGCCUCACUAUGUAAUACAUCUGAAAUUAAUGUAGUAUUGUAAAUCAGCUAUACUUCAAUUAAAAGAAAAAGUGCAAAUUAAAGCAACCACGAGGUGCUUUUUUUCAAUGAUUAAAUUAGCAAACUGAAAAUGUGAACUCAUAAUAUCAAAUGCUGAUAAAAGGAUAAUAAACCAGUACUAAUAAGCAGCAGCCUUAUAAACGAGUCUGAUCCUUUAGAAAGCUAUUUGCCCAGGCCUCAGGCCACCAGUGCCAGGCUUCGUUCAUUGGCAGCUCUAACAAGUGGCAGUGACAGUGCAUUCAACGUGAGCGCUGCCCUUGGAGUGGUACUGAUGGCAGCCCCGAGGUUGCCAAAGUACAUCAAAUGCCUCAAAAUAUAUAUAUGCACAAGUGUUCACUACAGUGUCACUUAUAAAAGCAGAAGGCUACAAAUAAUAACUAAGUACCCAACUGUAUGGAAAUACUUUAGUCAUUUGGAGUACGUGUUCUGAAUGAAAUUAUAGACAUCCCUAAAAAUAAUACCAUAGAGAAGUACUGAAACAGGAUGAUGAAAAAAUACUAAGUGAAAAUAAUGAAUAUACAAAACAGUAUAUGUGUAAAGCACUUUUCAAACUCUCUGGGUGAUGCAGUUGUAAUUUUUUUUUUACUUUCUUGUCUAAAUUAAAAAAAAAUAAAUACAUUUUCCAGAACCCUACAAAAACCAUAUUUCUCAUUUUGAGAGAAAAUUCUAUCUUAAAAGUACAUUUUCAAAAAGUGGUAAGUAGGAUGAAUACUGUAUAUAAAGUAGGAGUUCAAAUUUGCUUUUUAUGAACUGUGAUUAGAGGUAAAGGCUGGAAGGAGAGCUACCAAGUCUUUAACAAACGUCUAUCUUUGGUAGUGUAUAUAUGUCCAUGCCACUCUCUCAGAUAGCUAGUGGGAAGCAGCCGCAUAGCACAGGGAGAUCAGCUCAGUGCUUUGUGACCACCUAGAGGGGUGGGAUAGGGAGGGUGGGCGGGAGGGAUAUGCAAGAGGGAAUAGAUAUGGGGACAUAUGUAUACGUAUAACUGAUUCACUUUAUUAUAAAGCAGAAACUAACACACCAUUGUAAAGCAAUUAUACUCCAAUAAAGAUGUUUAAAAACAAACAAACAAACAAACGUCUAUCUUGAGGCAGUGGUAUUAAGGAUGAUUUUAAUGUUCCUAUCAACAUGAAACAUGGUAUAUUAUUAUUAUUAUUACUAUUACUAUUGCUAUCAUUAUUGUUAUUUACUGAGCCCUUAUGACAUGCCAACCACUCUGCUGUGUGCUUUACACACACUGUAACAUGCAAUAUCCCAGCAGCUCUCUGAGGUAGGUGUUACCUCUGUUAACCCAUUUUACAGGUGAGGAAAUGGAGACCGAGGCAAAGCUACCUGCCCAAACUCAGCCAUGACUUGUUAAGUGACAGCCUUAUCAGACACAGACAUGAUGUCUGCCCUCCUCUGUAGCAAGGAGGGGUUUUUCACUUGUCAGAAAGGAUCCAAUAUGAUUUCUCAAGAAGGGCAGCCAGUGGGAGAAGGACUUCAGAGGGGGUUGCACACAAGCCUCUGAGGGCAGCGGGGCUCAGGGCAUCUACCCUCCUGAGGAACCCAUACGUGGCCAGUGCAGGGUGAGGAGGGAGGGGAGUCCCAGUCAGGCUCUUCCAGAAAUUUGAGAUGGUUACAGGGAGGAAAAGAGAAAAACCCUAGUAGGCAGCAGUCUGGGUGAGUUUAGAAAGAGAUUGAGGAAUAAGGAAUUUAGAGAGUGACAUUUUGAGCAGCAGAGAGGGGAAAAAUUGCAGAGGGGAGGCAAGAUCAUUUGAAGAAAUGUCAGGCUGCCCUAAGAAUUGAGAAUCCUGCAACAUACCAUUACCUGUUAACUAUCUCUGGCUUCUGGACUGUGAUUCUCUGAGGAUAAAUCAUGUGGGGCUCUGAAAUGUAUUUGUAUAAUAUUUUUACUUAUCUAUUUUUCUUUAUUUAAAAGAUGUGCAUAACAUGAAUCAUGAGCAUAUGAUUCAUGUUAUAAUGAGGAAAACAAUCCAAAUAAAUAUUUUAUGUGUUUUAGAACAAUUGUUUCUUAAGAUGGAGAAUGGUUUGGGGAACAGCUACCAAUUUCUUUAUCCAGGGGUCCAUCAGGAUUGCUCAUGUUCUGUCUUCCUAGUGGGGAGCGUUUGCCAGAUGUCCUCAGUACCCACGGGACUUUGGGGACUGCAGGAGACACCCAAACUCUGUGGCUCGGAGAGAGGGGAGGCACUUAAACCAUUUCAACUCAGUUCAGUAAAUUUUUAUCAAUUCUCCUGGGCCUGUGCUCAGUCAGAAGGUAGGGCUCCAAGGCGAGAUGGCUACUUUUUUUUGUUUUGUUUUGUUUUGUUUUGUAUUUUUUGCGGUACGCGGGCUUCUCACUGUUGCGGCCUCUCCCAUUGCGGAGCACAGGCUUCGGACGUGCAGGCUCAGCGGCCAUGGCUCACGGGCCCAGCAGCUCCGCGGCAAUGUGGGAUCUUCCCGGACCGGGGCACGAACCCGUGUCCCCUGCAUCGUCAGGUGGACUCUCAACCACUGCACCACCAGGGAAGCCCAAAAAGGCUACUUUUAUUUUGCCCCAUCUGUUUAUCGCCUGCCUCUCACAGUGCACGGAGAAUUUCCCAAGGGCAGGAUUCCAUCCACUUGGUUCAUGGCUUAUCCCCAGCACCUGGCACCUUGCCUGGCGCUUAGAAGGUAUUUGAUAAAUGCGUGCUGAGGAACGAAGGAACGGCUAACGCCCUGAAAAAUGCAUCAGCUCUCCCCUUGAUAGCCCUAAUGUCUCUUGUUGGAAUUCUCUCUUUUUAAAUUUAACUCUGUGGUAACACUGGCUCAGAAAGUCAGACUGAAAACUCCAGAGCUGGCCAGGAAAAGAACCGAUGUAAUAGAGAUAUAGAAGGGUAGAAUAAGCAAUGCAAUAUUGGCUCUCCUGAUUUUUUACUCCUUAUUUAUUCCCAUUCCCCAAGCACAUACUGUAUGCCAGGCACUGUGCUGAGGUCCUGGAGACACAAACCCUUAUCCUGACCAUAAUAACGGGGAUAAACAGAGCAUUCCCAGGAUUACUCUUAUCCACUGAUAAUAACAAUUAGAGUCCAGCCCUGUGUUCUAGGCAUUUUUCGAGGUGCUUUCCAUGAGUUGCUUUGUUUAGAGGUAGUGCUGUAUUAUGCCUGUUUUACAGAUGAACAAGCUGAGACUCAGAAAAGUCAGGUAAUUUGUUCAUGUUCACAACUGUGGUGAAGUUCAGGCUUAGGUUCCCACCAUCUGACACCUGUUCUCACACACUUACCAGCUUCCAGGGAGCUUCCUGAGAGGUAAUCCUGUGAUCACUGGCCUCCAAAUCACCAGGAAUGCUGGAUAAAAGUGCAGAUUCCCAGGCUCGGGGCUGAAGGAUCAGGAUCCUUGGGAAGGGAGCCUGGGAAUCCCCAAUUUUUAACCACUAAGCCGAGUGAUCAGAUUUGCACUAAAGUUCGUAAAGCACAGCACUCAGAUGUGCCACAGUUACUCCUUGUGAGUUUACAAACCUUCUAGGACCCACUGUCCUGCACUCCACCCUUUCUUCCUGCCAAUGGAUGAACAGAACAGAAUAGAAAGGCAGGAAAGGAGGAAGAAAGGAUAAAAGGAAAAAAGGAAGGAAGGAAGGAAGAGAGGGAGGAAGGAAGGAAAGAAGGGAGGGAGGGAGGAAGGAAAGAAGGGAGGGAGGGAGGGAGGAAGGAAAGAAGGGAGGGAGGGAGGGAGGAAGGAAAGAAGGGAGGGAGGGAGGGAGGAAGGAAGGGAGGGAGGGAGGGAGGAAGGAAAGAAGGGAGGGAGGGAGGGAGGAAGGAAGGGAGGAGAAACGCUCCAAACUGGGCUCCAUUUCAGUUCAGAGCAGGUGGACACCAGCCCUCUGCCCCGCUGCUCUUGGACCCUGAGCAGCAGGUUCCCUACAGUGGCUGGAGCGCAGCCGAAGGGCCUGAGGAACGCGUCCUUAGGAAGCAUCCUCUAUGGACGGUGAUAUCAGCCCACUUAAAGCAGCUGAAGCAGUCAGCUGCUGGGAACAGCAGUGCAGUGAAACUUAGCUAUAGCCAGUGCUCAGAAUCUGAAUGUUUAUCCCUUUCCAAAUCAGGACAGUAUUGCACAGGGUCCCCUCCUAGUGGGCGGGGUCCGUAUCAGUCUGCAGAAUGAGAAGAUUCAGCCAACAGGAACCGAGGCAGGAAUGACAGGCAGAGACACGGGUCCUGGCUCCAAAUGGGCUAUGGGACACUAAGACAGUGAAGAAAGCUCUAUGCUGCAGGGAGAGGAGUGAGGAUGGGGCUGCCGGCCAGUGAGGGGGUAUCCACAGCUGGUUCUCGCCAGCAAAUCACAUGGCCACUCUGAGUCAAUUUCCUUGUGUGUAAAAGGAAAAUAAUAAUAAUAGUUACUAUUCUCUGUGAUUUAUGGAACAAUUUUUCUGUGUCAGGCACUGUCCUGAGGCAAUCAAUCUUCAUAACAAAUAUCUAUGAGGUCAUUUUGGUCCCCAUCUGACAGAAGAAGGAAAUGAGCCUUAGGUUAAGAAACCUGCCCAGUAUUUCCCGGCAGGUAACCAGUGAAGCCAGGAUGUGAUCCUGGGUCUGUCUGAUGCCAAAGCUCGUCUUCUUAAUAAUUACUGUUAGCUUCUCCAACAUUCCUCGAAUUUCUAGUUCUUAUGACUAAGUGCCUCAACGUGAGCUGUUCAUGGUUUCAGAGAACAGAGGUACCACUCUCUUCCCAGCUCCACUGAGCCUGGAUGGUGAAAAUGUCCCUUAGCUCAUCUGUGUCCAGCAGGGAUUCAGCAAAUAUAUAACACGUAGCUCUGUCAACUGAGAGAGCUGUCAAAACACAAGGGGUCCCAGAGGCGUCUAGACCAGGUCUCAGCUGGGCCAAGCAACAUGUGAGAAACACAGGGCCCUCUGCUGUCACCUGCUGUCCCAAAGGUCUCAACUGAGGAGAGCACGUGUACAAUAGGGCUGGAGGAGUUUUCCGGCACCACAAAGCCUCACAGAAAACCCAGAGCUCCCGGCCAGGUCCCCCUCUCUAUCCUAACCUCCCACCUCAUUCCUACUUCGAACUGAACUCAAACAGGUCAAGUUCAUUCCCACCUCAGGGCCUUUGCUCCUGCUGUGACCUCUGCCAAGCAGACUGCUCCCGCUGCCUAGAAGCAGCUUCCUGCAGAUCGGCACAAGCUUUCCUCCUCCUUGCCAUCUAGCUUUCUGAUCAGAGACCCCUCCUGCGGGAGGCCCUUCCUGACCACCCUGCCUAAAUUAGCACCCCCCAUCCAUCCCUCUCCAUUACGCCUUCCUGCUUCACCUCCUCUGUGGUGCUUUACACAUCUGAAAUAAUCUUAUUCAUUAUCUGCUUAUGUGUUUAGAAAAGUACCUGGCAAACGGCUGACUCUCAAUGAACAUGUGCUGAAUGAAUGGAUGAGUGAAUAAAUGAAUGAAUGGAAAAUCUUACUCAAGUGUUUCUGUAAUAAGAAUCCAGGUACCUAUAGUCAAAGUACCCCCCUUCUUUCAGUUUCCAAGGGCAGAGAAAUAACCCUGCGGUUGGUAAGAACUUAACAACCGGUAGUUAUAUCCACACACACUGCUGGGCAUGGGUCCAAAGCUAAAAAGGCACUAACUGCUUUUAUAUAAGGAGGUAGAAACACAGUCCCUCCGUGUCCUUUAGUCCUGAUGCUCUGCAUUAUGGUAUCUGUUACUGUGUUAAUUGUUUCUGUCUCACACGGCCAGUUUGGGCUUUAUUCUGCCUAUGUCUGGGACGGUGACAGGUUCCUAUACAGAGAAGAGAGGUAAUGUGUCCAUGUGUGUGUGUGUGUCCACACCUGUGGGCAUGUGUGUGGAAAAGCAGCGACACUCCAGGAAGGGUUAAGUUACAAUCAGGCUGUCUGUGCUCAGGGCCCCAUGGCUGGCCCAGGAAUGGGAUGGGCCUGGAAGGUGGAGCAGGCUUGCCUUGCACCAGCUGCUCUUUCCAAGACAGGAGUGCACAUGCUUGCCCAGCUGGCCUGAGUGUGUGGAACUCCAGUCGCCUUUAAGAAUGGCUUCAGAAGCCCACACCUGGCAAUCACUCCCCCAACCCCCUUGCCCCUCCACGGCAGGUUCCAUUUGGGAAACUCUCCAGUCGGUCAUUAGAGGAAUGAGCCGAGAGUGAGCCGUUCAUCAGCUCGCCAGCGCUUGGUGAAAAGCAGCAAAGCAAGGAUGGAUGUGGACAGCCUUCUCUUGAAUGGAAGCAACACGACGCCUCCCUGCAAACUGGGGAUCGAAAACGAGACGCUUUUCUGCUUGGAUCAGCCCCAUGCCUCCAAAGAGUGGCAGCCAGCCGUGCAGAUUCUCUUGUACUCCUUGAUAUUCCUGCUCAGUGUGCUGGGAAACACGCUGGUCAUUACAGUGCUGAUUCGGAACAAGAGGAUGAGAACGGUCACCAACAUCUUCCUGCUCUCCCUGGCUGUCAGUGACCUCAUGCUCUGCCUCUUCUGCAUGCCGUUCAACCUCAUCCCCAACCUGCUCAAGGAUUUCAUCUUUGGGAGCGCUGUCUGCAAGACCACCACCUACUUCAUGGGCACCUCUGUGAGUGUCUCCACCUUUAAUCUGGUAGCCAUAUCGCUGGAGAGAUAUGGUGCAAUUUGCAAACCCUUACAAUCCCGCGUCUGGCAGACAAAAUCCCACGCUUUGAAGGUGAUUGCCGCUACCUGGUGCCUCUCCUUUACCAUCAUGACUCCGUACCCGAUUUAUAGCAACUUGGUGCCUUUUACCAAAAAUAACAAUCAGACCGCGAACAUGUGCCGCUUUCUACUGCCAAAUGAUGUCAUGCAGCAGUCCUGGCACACCUUCCUGUUACUCAUCCUCUUUCUUAUUCCUGGAAUUGUGAUGAUGGUGGCAUAUGGAUUAAUCUCUCUGGAACUUUACCAGGGUAUAAAAUUUGAUGCUAGCCAGAAGAAGUCUGCUCGAGAAAGGAAGCCGAGCCCCGGCAGCAGCGGCAGAUACGAGGCCAGCGAUGGGUGUUACCUGCAGAGGUCCAAGCACCCAGGGAAGCUGGAGCUGCAGCAGCUGUCCAGCAGCGGCGGCGGUAGGCCCAGCCGCAUCAGGAGCAGCAGCCCCGCGGCCAACCUGAUGGCCAAGAAGCGGGUGAUCCGCAUGCUCAUGGUCAUCGUGGUUCUCUUCUUCCUCUGCUGGAUGCCCAUCUUCAGCGCCAACGCCUGGCGGGCCUUUGACACCGCCUCUGCAGAGCGCCGCCUCUCCGGGACCCCCAUCUCCUUCAUCCUCUUGCUCUCCUACACCUCCUCCUGCGUCAACCCCAUCAUCUACUGCUUCAUGAACCAGCGGUUCCGCCUCGGCUUCAUGGCCACGUUCCCCUGCUGCCCCAACCCUGGACCCCCAGGAGCGAGAGGGGAGGCGGGGGAGGAGGUGGAGAGCAGGACCACCCGGGCCUCUCUGUCCAGGCGCUCGUACAGCCACGCCAGCGCCUCUGCCCCGCCCCCGUGAGCUGUGCCCUGGCCGCCAGCACCAAAGGAUGGAGCGGGGACCGAGGGAGGCAGCAGAGAAGGAGAAAAAGAAGAAA